UGUUGAGGGUUCAAUCAGAUGGAAGCAACAUAAUUGUGAAUAUUUUGUGUCAAGCUAUCGAAAAACAAGCAAAUAGUAAAAGUGACGUUGGUUCAAAUGUACCUCAAGGAGGUGAACUUAGUGUUGAUUUGUCACCAACUGAAUUCAGACUAGUGAUGCUUGGGCAAUUAUUAGAUUAA